AGCGGGACCCGCCAUCAGUCUCUCGAUUCCUCAAAGACGUUGGAGUUUUGGCAAACCCCCCGAAAAUGAGCAAGUACGUGUUUGUGUUGUGCGUCGUGGCCGCCCUGGCUGCAGUCGUCUCCUCCGCUGACGACUUCUACUCAGACAAAUACGACAAUAUCGACCUGGACUCCAUCUUGGCCAGCAAGCGCCUUAUCCGCAACUACAUGAACUGCUUCCAGGGCAAAUCCCCGUGCACUCCCGAGGGAACCUAUCUCAACCAGGUCUUGCCCGAGGCAUUGAAAACCGAAUGCGCCAAGUGCACUGAGAAACAGCGCGAGGGUGCAGUGAAAGCCAUCAAGAAGCUGUCGGCGGAAUACCCGGAGGAAUGGAAGGAGAUCACGGACAAGCUUGACCCCACCGGAGAGCAGUACGCCAAGUUCAAGGCACGUUUCCCAUGAGCUCGACCCUCGUCUCUCACGGGUCCUUUCCCCUCAUCCUGAAGAAAGACUGAACCUACUUAAGUUUAAUAUACUCGAUGUGCGAUGACAUCUAGUUUCGAAUACGCCAAUCACUAUUUUUUCGUUUGUUUGUGUCUACUUGUACCUGUUAAUUUUAUGAAUAAAAGUUCAGUUUCCUGAAACGA